CGGGCUCAUCCCCAGCCCGGCGCACAGCGCCCACUGCAGCUUCUACCGCACGCGGACCCUGCAGGCCCUGAGCUCCGAGAAGAAGGCAAAGAAGGCGCGCUUCUACCGGAAUGGGGACCGCUACUUUAAGGGCCUGGUGUUUGCCAUCUCCAGCGACCGCUUCCGGUCCUUCGACGCGCUGCUCAUGGAGCUCACCCGCUCCCUGUCAGACAACGUGAACCUGCCCCAGGGCGUCCGCACCAUCUACACCAUCGACGGCAGCAGGAAGGUCACCAGCCUGGACGAGCUGCUGGAAGGUGAGAGUUACGUGUGUGCAUCGAACGAACCAUUUCGUAAAGUUGAUUACACCAAAAACAUUAAUCCAAACUGGUCUGUGAACAUCAAGGGUGGGACCGCCCGAGCCUUGGCUGCUCCCACCUCGGUGAAAAGUGAAGUGAAGGAAAGUAAAGAUUUCAUCAAACCCAAGCUAGUGACUGUGAUUCGAAGCGGAGUGAAGCCUAGAAAAGCUGUGCGGAUUCUUCUGAAUAAGAAGACCGCCCAUUCCUUUGAACAAGUCUUAACCGAUAUCACCGAAGCCAUUAAACUAGACUCAGGAGUGGUCAAGAGGCUCUGCACCCUGGACGGAAAGCAGGUUACUUGCCUGCAAGACUUUUUUGGUGAUGAUGAUGUUUUUAUUGCAUGUGGACCUGAAAAAUUCCGUUAUGCCCAAGAUGACUUUGUCCUGGAUCACAGCGAAUGCCGUGUCUUGAAGUCAUCGUAUUCUCGCUCCUCAGCUAAGUACUCUGGAUCCAAGAGCCCUGGGCCCUCUCGUCGCAGCAAGUCACCAGCCUCAGUAAAGAGGGGUGGCCCCUACUCCAGUGCCUACUCUACAGCCAAAUCCCCAGUUAAUGGAACUCCCAGCAGCCAGCUCUCCACCCCUAAAUCUACGAAAUCCUCCAGUUCCUCUCCAACUAGCCCAGGAAGUCUCAGAGGAUUAAAGCAGAUUUCUGCACAUGGCAGAUCUUCUUCCAACAUAAAUGGCGGGCCUGAACUCGAUCGUUGCCUGAGUCCCGAAGGCAUAAAUGGAAACAGGUGCAUUGAAUCUUCGACUCUUCUUGAGAAGUACAGAAUUGGAAAGGUUAUUGGUGAUGGCAAUUUUGCAGUAGUCAAAGAGUGCAUGGACAGGUCCACCGGAAAGGAGUUUGCCCUGAAGAUUAUAGACAAAGCCAAAUGUUGUGGAAAGGAGCACCUGAUCGAAAAUGAGGUGUCCAUCCUGCGCCAGGUGAAGCACCCGAACAUCAUCAUGCUGGUGGAGGAGAUGGAAACAGCCACCGAGCUCUUCCUGGUGAUGGAAUUGGUUAAGGGUGGAGACCUCUUUGAUGCAAUUACCUCUUCAACCAAGUACACCGAGCGGGAUGGCAGUGCCAUGGUGUACAACCUGGCCAACGCCCUCAGGUACCUGCACAGCCUCAGCAUCGUGCACAGGGACAUCAAGCCAGAGAACCUCUUGGUGUGUGAGUAUCCCGACGGGACCAAGUCUUUGAAGCUGGGCGACUUCGGGCUGGCCACCGUGGUGGAAGGGCCCCUGUACACCGUCUGUGGCACACCAACCUACGUGGCUCCAGAAAUCAUUGCAGAAACCGGCUAUGGCCUGAAGGUGGACAUUUGGGCAGCAGGCGUGAUCACGUACAUACUUCUCUGCGGAUUCCCGCCGUUCCGAAGCGAGAACAAUCUUCAGGAAGACCUCUUUGACCAGAUCCUGGCCGGGAAGCUCGAGUUCCCAGCCCCCUACUGGGAUAACAUCACGGACUCCGCAAAGGAAUUAAUCAGCCAGAUGCUUCAGGUCAACGUCGAAGCGCGGUGUACUGCAGGACAAAUCCUGAGCCACCCCUGGGUGUCGGAUGACGCCUCCCAGGAGAAUAAUAUGCAGGCUGAAGUGACAGGUAAACUAAAACAGCACUUUAAUAACGCGCUUCCCAAACAGAACAGCACCACCACCGGGGUCUCCGUGAUCAUGGUCCAAGGCCAUGAACACGGCUCUAGAUAAGGAGGGCCAGAUCUUCUGCAGCAAACACGGUCAGGACGGCGGCCGGUCCGGCGCGGAGCUC